AUGAAUCAAUGUUACCCUCUUGAAGAGAAUGUCGUAAUAAUGAUGGAAGACAAAAGCACAACUUGUAUCUCCAACAUCAACACCACCACCUUCAAUACCACCACCACAUUAUCAACACCACCAUCUCUCCAACAUCAUUCUACGACCCAAAUGGCUUCUCCCAAGAAACCUUUCAAAGAAGAACCUCCUCUCUUGCCUUUUUCUUCUCCAAAAAUCAAAAGGAGUGAAACACUUGAAAGACAAGAUCUUCGUACCUCAACCCUUCUUAAACCAUCAUCGAUGAGUGUCCUUCGAGUGCGAGUUCCAUCCUCUCUCUGGGAGUGUUCUUCUUGUUGGAGAAGACAAUCAAGGCCAUCCACAACGAGUAGAAACACCAACAACACCAACAACAACAACAACAACCACUCUACCACUCUUCUCGAAUUGAAUUUCAUGCGAUUGAUUUCUCUUGUGGGUUUAGCCUUCUCUAUUGUUGCCAUUCUCAUUAUUGCCAUCAUGACCAUCUAUACCUUUGCCAUUACGAGUUUCCCUGUGGUCUAUACUCUCAAACUGUAUGGUCAGAGUGUCCAACAGUACAAUGAAAUGGUUCUAUCGGAGUAUUUAAUGGUCUAUGCGAGGGAUUCCUCCAUGAUUCAAGUCUUUAAUCACUCGAGAAGAGAAUUGCAAAAUACUUUGAAUCAACUCUUUCGUUUAAUGCCUGAAUCUGCCAAGGAAGCCUUUGGUAAUAAUCAGAGUUCCAAUGUCGACGUCGAGUCGAUGAAGUUGUGGCCACUCCAAGAUGUAGUUCUUUAUGAAGUAUUGAAUGGAAAUAAUUCACUGAAUGCAGUUCGAGCCUUUCAAAAUAGCACUCAUUACAACACGUUGUUAGAAUUUUUAGACAAUUUUAAUGUUUUUAUUCGAGAUUUGAAGAAUAUUAGUACGGUACAAGAACAAGUGAUUGUUUCCAAUUCCACUUCCUAUCUCAUUGUCAUUGUGGUGUGUUUGGUGAUUACUUUACCCAUUGUCAUUGUCAUCUUUGUGAGUGCCAUUCGAAUGGAACGUGAUUCUCGAAACAAGUUAUUGAAAGCAAAAACCAUUCAAGUGUUAAAUGUGUUGGGAGAAUCGGUGGUGCAACGAUCACUCUUUAGAGAUUGGAUUCAACAACAAUCCAUGAAGAAUCAACUCUCAAGUCUUGUUACCUAUGGUGGUGGUGAGAGUAGUGGUGGUGCGAAUGGUGCGAAUGGUGCGAAUGGUGGUGUAAAACGAUUGGAUCUGAAUGUGGAACAACAGCAACAACAGCAACAACCUUAUGAGCAACAACAACCCUAUCAUCAGACAUCGAGUGUGCAACACCAACAACAAGAACAACACCAACAACUGCUAGAGGAUUUACAUCGAAUCGAUUUAUUAGAAGAUAUUCAAAUAUUCAAACAACCUGCCAAACAAGAAUUGUCCAUGAUGAGAAGUUUAAUUGAAGCAUUGAGACAAUGCAAUACUAAUACCAAUACUACCACCACCACCACCUCAGAGGAUGAUUCAUCCAACACCAACACUACUCCCACAACUUUAUAUCCGAUCGAACAAGAUGCACUCUCUUCUCUAUCCUAUCAAUCCAAUGAUACCUUUUCUGUCCAUUCCAGUGUGGUGUUGAAUUCAAGUGCUAAAAAUGUCAUGUCUCAAGUGAUAUCCAUCUAUGAAAAGUAUUUAAAUCCAAUGGCUGCAACACAUCCUGUGAAAUGUAAGGGUCAUUCCAAAAUUGCAAGAUUUUUACAAGAAGGUCAUGUCAAUCAAGAAAUAGAUCGAACACUCUUUGAUGAAAUUGAACAACAAGUGGCUCAACAAUUAAUUCCAAGUUUUGAAAUGUUUCAAAAAACAAUUCCAGAAGGAAAAGAUGUGGAAGAAUCUUCUGAAACACUCUUUAGAAAUGGUGUUUUGACUCAAUUUAGAAUUGAUUUUAGAAAUUAUUUAAAUGAUUUUAAAAAGAAUUACCAAAGAUGUAAAUAA